UGGACAUAGCUAGCGAGAAUGUUGAAAAUUCAGUUUUACUUUCUUGUGUUGUGCGGCUCGGCCUUUGCCUUUGGCAAGGCCAACGGAGAGCCAUUAAAUAUUGAACGUCCUCAACGUUUGAUGCAAUUGCGCCAUCUGGCGGUCGAGUUUGCCGACUACUAUCGCAACAUAACGAUCAGAGAUGUGCUAUCGCCCACAGCAAAGUUGCCAAAUCAGCAGGACCUUCAGUGUGUGGAGGAUCUCGCUAAGCUCAGCCAGGGCUUACAAACUGGGAGCCUUUGGGCGCUGCGAAUGAUUGACUCUUGGGGUCGUUUACCAGCUGGCUUACUGCAUGGCAAUUUGCAGGAUCUGGGCAACUUUGAUGAGUGCGUUAGAGUAGACCACCCUGUGGGAAAUACGGAUUAUCAUCUGCGCGGUAAAUAUUGCUUGGCCAAGAUAAUUCCGGGCAGUUUGUUGGGUGGCGGUUUAGUGCUUACGUCGAGCGUUAAGACAGCUGUUUGCUUUCCCGCCUCAUGCACUGCCGCUCAAAUGGACCUAUUGCUACGGCAGCUCUUUCAACAGCUGCUCAAUCUAGAGCUGAACACGGAUACGCAGUUGAUCAACGCCAGCGGCUGCGACACCGCAGAACAGGAGCCACUCGAUGGCCUGGCCAUAUUUACCAUCGUGCUUUCUGGAGUCUUUGUAGUCGCCUUGCUUUUGGCCACCUGCUACGACUACUUUCUGUGUCAGGAUCAGCAGCAAUUGCCUGCCUUGGUCAAGAUAUUCUCGGCACGCGCAAAUUCGCGUUCGCUCUUUCGUCUCGUGGAUAGCAAAUCGAAUCCGAACGUCAUCGACUGCCUGCAUGGCAUACGUUGCUUAUCUUUAAUUUGGGUUGUUUACGGCCAUGACGCUAUGAUUCAGAGCUUAGCACCCAAUAUCAAUCUAGUCGAUAUUCUUCCGUGGUAUAGAUCGGCUUAUAGCAUGUUCAUCUUUCAUGCCUUGUUCUCUGUGGAUACCUUCUUCUUUCUGAGUGGCUUGCUGGUGGUUCUGGUUGGUCUUCGCAGUUUGGAAAGAUCUAAAGGCAAGCUGAAUGUUCCAUUGAUGUAUCUCCAUCGCUAUUUGCGGCUUACGCCUGUCCUAGCCAUCGCCAUACUGUUCUUCAUGCGAAUUCUACCCAUCUUGGGCAGUGGCCCGCUGCACAAAGGCUUAAGCGAGAGUUCAGUCGCAGUCUGCGAAGAGAAUUGGUUCUUCACUUUGCUCUAUGUUCAAAAUUAUGCCACCAGCAAUAUGUGCCUGAGUCAUAGCUGGUAUCUGGGCGUUGACAUGCAGCUGUAUAUCAUUGCGCCUCUUCUGCUGUUUGGUCUCUACAAAUGGGGCAGGAAGGCGGUAGCUGGAAUUGUCGUCGUUAUGCUGCUAUUGGCCGCUUGUCUCUUUAGCAUGAUGGUAGUCAAAGAUUAUUCUAUAGCGAGAGCAAAUGAUGGAAUAAAUAAGAUCUACUUCACAACCCACACACGUGCAUCACCUUGGAUAGUUGGCCUGCUCUUCGGCUACUAUCUGCAUGUGAAUCGCAACAAGAACUUUAAGCUAAAUCGUCUAACUGUUUGGCUGGGCUGGCUAGCUAGUUUGGUCCUCAUAUUCACCUGCAUGUUCGCCGUCUAUCCAUAUCAAGCGAAUGGCAAUCGGCUGCCCAUUGUGAAUGAAGCCUUCUAUGUGACGCUCACGCGCAUCGCCUGGCCCGUGGCCCUGGCUUGGGUGGUGUUUGCCUGCAAGUAUGGCUAUGGCGGCAUGGCCAAUAGCUUCCUCUCCUCGCCGCUCUGGCAGCCCCUGUCGAAGCUUUCCUAUUCCGCAUACAUCUGGCAUGCAUUCAUUGAGAUACACAACCUGAGCAUCACACGCACCAACACCUACUUCAGCGACUAUCAAGUGAUGCUUCGGUUCUGGCAUGACUUUGGCUUUACGAUUUUGCUGUCCUAUGCCAUCUACAUUCUGUUCGAGGCGCCAUUUGCAGGUUUGGAGAUGUUAUUGCUGCCCAAUCGUCGUCCUAGUCCAGAGCCAGUAGAAGCUCCAUCAACUUCAAAGAUCACAAUUGCCCAGUUAGUGCCGUCUCUCAUAGAGCAUGGUCCACAAAUGGAGCAGAAAAUAGCUCCAAUUAGUUAGGCAUUUUGUUAUUAUUUAUA